ACGCUUGGCUCCCCAGGAAAGAUGCUGCUGAGAUGUUAGGGGGGUUAUUAAGGUCCAGCUGCACCGGGUCUACUCAGGCGGGCCUGUUCUGAGAGCUCUGGGUUGGUCGAGCUUUUCGGGAGGGAGUUUGAAGCUGCGGGAUGCGCAGGGUGGAGACGCGGCCAGAGGGGUCUGGUCCAGGAAAUCCGGCAGCCCUGGUGUUUCCGAGGGCGCCCACGCGGAGCUCAAUUGCUCCGCCUGCCUUAAAACGCUGGGACGCCGGGGAACGAGGCCCAGCAGGCGGCCAGGCUUGACCUUGACCGUUGGCGCUGCCAGCUUUGCUCUCGCUGCCCAGCAACGGCGCGCUCCGGCGGCUGCGCCCGCCCCUCCCUCGGGCGGAAUCGCCGGGCGAUCCAGGCCGGGUUUUGCAGCGGAGCUGUUGGGUUUGCGCGUGCUGAUUCCACUCCAGUAGCAGCCGGCUGCAGGAGACUAUGGUGCUGCGCCAAGUGUGGACCGCACUGUCCGGUGUCUCCGGGGUUGCCCUAGUUUGCUGCUUGUUGUCGGCGGCGGUGGUCCUGCGAUGGACCGGGCGCAGGACGGCCCGGGGCGCGGCGGCCAGGGCGCGGCGGAGGCAGCGAGCGGGCCUGGAGACCAUGGAUAAGGCGGUGCAGCGCUUCCGGCUGCAGAACCCUGAUUUGGACUCAGAGGCGCUGCUAGCCCUGCCCCUGCCUCAACUAGUACAGAAGUUACACAGUGGGGAGCUGUCCCCGGAGGUGGUACUCUUCACCUACUUAGGAAAGGCCUGGGAAGUGAACAAGGGGACCAACUGUGUGACCUCCUAUCUGACUGACUGUGAGACUCAGCUGUGCCAGGCCCCACCACAAGGCCUGCUCUACGGCAUCCCCGUGAGCCUCAAGGAAUGCUUCAGCUACAAGGGCCAAGACUCCACGCUGGGCUUGAGUUUGAAUGAGGGGGUGCCAUCGGAGUGUGACAGUGUGAUGGUACAGGUGCUGAAGCUGCAGGGGGCUGUGCCCUUUGUGCACACCAAUGUCCCCCAGUCCAUGUUAAGUUUUGACUGCAGCAACCCCCUCUUUGGCCAGACUCUGAACCCCUGGAAGUCCUCCAAGAGCCCGGGUGGAUCCUCAGGGGGCGAGGGCGCUCUCAUUGGAUCUGGGGGCUCCCCGCUGGGCUUAGGCACUGAUAUUGGAGGCAGCAUCCGUUUCCCUUCCGCUUUCUGUGGCAUCUGUGGCCUCAAGCCUACCGGGAAUCGCCUCAGCAAGAGUGGCCUGAAGGGCUGUGUCUAUGGACAGACGGCAGUGCAGCUUUCUGUUGGCCCCAUGGCCCGGGAUGUGGAGAGCCUGGCAUUAUGCCUGAAAGCCCUACUGUGUGAGGACCUGUUCCGCUUGGACCCCACUGUCCCCCCCUUGCCCUUCAGAGAGGAGGUCUACACAAGCUCUAGACCCCUGCGGGUGGGAUACUAUGAAACUGACAACUAUACCAGGCCUAGCCCAGCCAUGAGGAGGGCGGUGCUAGAGACCAAGCGGAGCCUUGAGGCUGCUGGCCACACGCUGGUUCCCUUCUUGCCAAACAACAUCCCCUACGCCCUGGAGGUCCUGUCUGCAGGUGGGCUGUUCAGUGACGGUGGCCACACUUUCCUCCAGAACUUCAAAGGUGACUUUGUGGAUCCCUGCUUGGGGGACCUGAUCUUAAUUCUGAAGCUACCCAGGUGGUUUAAAAGACUGCUGAGCUUCCUGUUGAAGCCUCUGUUUCCUCGGAUGGCAGCCUUUCUCAACAGCAUGCAGCCUCGGUCGGCUGGAAAGCUGUGGGAACUGCAGCAUGAGAUUGAGGUGUACCGAAAUUCUGUGAUUGCCCAGUGGAAAGCUAUGAACUUGGAUGUGCUGCUGACCCCCAUGCUGGGCCCUGCUCUGGAUCUGAAUGCAUCGGGCAGAGCCACAGGGGCUAUCAGCUACACUGUGCUCUACAACUGCCUGGACUUCCCUGCGGGGGUGGUGCCCGUCACCACUGUGACCGCUGAGGACGACGCCCAGAUGGAACACUACAGAGGCUACUUUGGGGAUAUCUGGGACCAUAUACUGAAGAAGGCCAUGAAGAAGAGUGUAGGCCUGCCUGUGGCCGUGCAGUGUGUGGCUCUGCCCUGGCAGGAGGAGAUGUGUCUGCGGUUCAUGCGGGAGGUGGAACAGCUGAUGACCCCUGAAAAGCGGCCGUCCUGAGGGUCAUUCACCUGCCCAGCUCUGGAGGACCGAAGGCCUAUGAGCUCUGUCGCCUGUGAGGAAAUGCCGAGCGCAGGGAAGAGGUGUCCACCUGUCCUCCCCUGGACCCCUGCAGAAGCACAGGACACCCACCCACCUCCUCCCACCCCCCCCCACCCCCCACCACUCCCUCUACACACACAAAGUCUGGACCUUGCUCCCCUCUCUGGUUCGUUUUCCAUCCUGAUCCCCCUACUUCAUGUGGCAGCCAGCAGGAAUGGCCUGGGCUCGUCAACAGCGAAGAAGCAAUGUGUUAUGUAUUUUCUAGGUGUUUCUAUUAGGGUAUUGGGAACCAGAGCCCGCUGAGAGGGCUGGCCGGAACCUCUAGAGCCAGCUGCAAUUCAUGUCACUCUCCUGCUCCAAAACCUCCCUGGUACCAUCACCCACAGCUUGGACACAGGGGUGUGUUCUCGUCACUUACCUCCUUCCCUUCCUUUUUUUGUUUGGGUUCAGCCCAGCUUUGAUGGACACUGCCUCUUUUCUCCUUCGCUCACUCCAUCUCUGCCGACAUGCGCUUCUUAGUCCUUGGAAGCCCAGCAUGUACCCCUCCCCCCCUUUUUCCCCCAGGAAGCCUUCUGUCCUCCUCUGGGCCCCAGAGAGUGUGGGAUCUUUCCUCCCAUUCUGUCCUGAUGGUGUAGUGGACAUCUGUGGUGGGUGGUCUUCCCUGAGGACACUAGCCCUCCUCAAUGGUGGGGACUCCAUUUCUGCUACUACAGACAGCGCAGGGCAGCAGGGAAAGCACCUGGGUUGGACGGCAGGGAGCCAAGUGGGCGCACCUGGCCCUCAGCUGGCAUUGUUGCCUGGGGAGGAAUAAGCAAGGCAGUCUGUCAGUGCUACCAGUGCUGACCAAGGCCUGGAAGGAAGUCUUCCUGGAGGAGGAAGAGGAGGAGGAGGAGGAGGAGGAGGAGGAGGAGGAGGAGGAGGAGGAGGAGGAACUGGACCUGUAUUGAGCCUAGAAAGUUCUCAGAGGCUGAGUUAAGAAAUAAGAACACGGGGGCUGGAGAGAUGGCUCAGCGGUUAAGAGCACUGUCUGCUCUUCCAGAGGACCCAGGUUCAAUUCCCACCACCCACAUGGCAGCUCACAACGGUCUAGCUCCUGUUUCAGGGGGAUCCUACACCCUUACACAGGCAUACAAUCAGGCAAAACACCAACACAUAUAAGAUACAAAUAAGUAAAUUAUUUUUUAAAAAAGAAAGGAAUGAGAACAUCCCAGAGAGAAGGGGCAGUAUACCCAAAGGCCAGGGUGAGUUUGGCCAUGGCGGGCGUGUUGAACGUGCAUGGGAGAAGCAGAGAUGCAGAUGAGACCAGGUUAAGGAAGACUUGGGUAGCCAGGUGAGGAACUUGAGUUCUUUCUCAGGGGUGGCAAGGGUCUUGGGGGGUUAUACAGGUUCAGAAAGGAGGGCAGAUUGAGGGUCAAAGCCUAGACAAAGAGAAGGACGUGACUAAUCUCUAAUCUGGGACCUUUUAUGUUAUCAGUUCCUUCUGCUCGGAGCACUCAGCUUCAGUGUCCUGGUCCCUUCAUCCUGUUGCUUUCUAAGGUCUCUGAGCUUUCCCCAUCAGAGUAUCACCAUCUGAAAACACAGGCCUUUGUCGUCUCUGUGAAAGCAGCCGUACUGCUCGUGUGUGAUGGAGUUCUUGGAGUGAAUGGAACUCAGAAGGUGCUCAAUUAGUGGAGAGAAACAAAGUGAGCCCCUGCACAGGGCAGGCACCGGGCCGUGUUGAGGCUCCAGUGACAGGUGAUAGAGACUCGGUUGUUGUCCUCACAGAGCUUAAAUUAUAGAGGGUGUUUCUCAAUGAAGGGAGAAGUUGUGUUUGGACAAUAGCAUCUCUUAGGCUCUGGAGGUGAGACUCCGUUAUCUCAUAUGAAAAUCUGUGGAAACUGGAGUGUAGAGAAGGUUACCGAUUCAUCCAAGGCCAAUGAGGAGGUAUAGUGAAGACCUGAGACCCACAUGUCCCACUCUGAACUUCAUGUACUUUCCUCAUUUUGCAACCACCAGUGCAGUCAUUAAACUGUUCCGGGUACCACCAGUGCAGUCAUUAAACUGUUCUGGGUACCCCAGCCUCUGUGUUGAGUGACACCAUCUCCUCAAAGAUGGAAGCGUUGUCCCUAUACUUGCUUCUCUGUUGCUGUAUGUCUGCAGGAGCUUUGGUCAUUGCCCUCGACCCCUUCCUUGAUCUGUCCUGCAGGUUUGUGAUGUAGAGCUCAGGCUACAACUAGAGGACCUGCCGUGGGUCCCAGUAAGGGAACAUCGUUUGUUGUUGAGUCAGGGUCUCUACGUAGUCCUGGCUGUCCAGGAUCUCACUCUGUAGACUUUCAACUCACAAAGCCACCUGCCUCAGCCUCCCUAGUGCUGAGACUAAAGGUGUGCGCCACCACACCAGGCCUAAUGGGUGUAGUUGGAAUUUUCUUUGAGAACCAACCAGCUCCCAAAUAAAGGCAUGGAAACUUAUUAUGAAUGCUUGACCUUAGCCUAGGCUUGUCCCACUACCUCUUUUAACUUAAUUUAACAAGUUUCUAUUCAUCUAUGUUUUGCUUCUGGGCUUUGUACCUUUCUUUCAUUCUGUAUGUCCUACUUUCCUGCUUCCUCCAUGGCUAACUGGCAGCUGCCUUCUCCUACCACCCAUCCCCGCCACCCAGUGACUCUCUGGUGUCUUUUCUUUCUUCCUAUGUCUCUAAAUUCCUCCUCCUACUUACUCUUCCUGCCUGGAAGUCCCGCCUAUACCUCUUCUUUCACUAUUGGCCAUUCAGCUUUUUAUUAGACCAAUCAGGUGCCUUAGGCAGGCAAGGCAAAACAGCAACACAUCUUUACAUAGUUAAACAAAUAUUCUGCAACAAACGGGACAUUUUUUAGGGUCAUCUGUGGCAUUUCCCCUCUGCAAACCAUCUUCUUGUGCAUGUACAUGAUGUGAUUUCUUCUACCGUUUAUUAUAAUAUAAAACUCAGGGACAAAUAUAAGAACCCGAGACCAUCACCACGGUUGUGACACAUCUGCCACCAUUCUCCUCCUGGCUCCAAAAGGGCCCGACAGCUUCUUCUCUGGGGGCCAUGCUUUGUCUCAUCCUGAGUCUACCUCUUGAACCAAAUACUCUAUUCAGUUGGACAACAGACCACAACAUAAACGAAAUUCCCAUAACAUCCACAGAUUUGAACACUGGACCAAGGAAGGGGCAUGUCACUCUGGACACCUGCCAGGGAACCCCUUAGAGAUAGCCAUGUAAUCAAGUCAUGAGCUUCCCCGCCCAAUCUGUCUCUGGUCUGUGUUUUGUUAGCUUGCUAGUCUUGGUCAGGCUUCCAAAGUCUCCGACAUAUAGGUUGGAGUGGUGACCUAGGAUACCUUAAGUGAAUGAGACCACUUUUGGUCCGGGCUUUGUAAGGUUUAUCCGUGUAUGCCCAGGACCCACCAUGGUGCCUAGUACUUAGUGGAUGGUCAAUGAAGGCCUGUUGGAGGAUGGCACACACUUGUUACGAGGGGAUCCGUUUGGGCAUCUCUUGAUUACUUCCUUCUCUCAUUCAUUAUAGGGAACUUCCCAGUUUGACCCUGACCUUCUACCUUUAUCUAAUGUAUUUUCUUCACUUUGAUUCAUGACCACAAGGACGAAUAUUUCCUUGUCUCUGUUCAACCUAGAGCUUUCUUUUGGUCUAGAGAGCUGCGUGUAUCAACUUCCACCAACCCCCAGCCCCUCCCCUCCUCCUUCCAUUCAUCCCGUAAACACAUUGGAUUCCUCCCACAGUAUGCUUAGGGUAAUCAAACAGAAACAGCCCCUGCUUGAAUGGUCUUUCAGUCUACCAGCAACUGUGUGACUACACAGUGUGUCCGAAAUGCUAUGAAGCAGAAGUCCUGGGGAUGAUGACAUCAAGCAAGUGCCAGCUCUGGCCUGCAGUGUGUGUGUGUGGUGAGCAGGUGUGUCAGGGAGUACUUACUUCCUUUGUGAAGUGACAUCCGAGCUGAAAAGUGCAUUGUCACAGGAGCCAAGGACUGAGUGUUACAAGAAUGGUGGAGUCAACCUAAAUGCUGCUGAUGUAACAGGGGAUGAGGACAGGUGAAGGUAGGGAUGGAGAACACCUGCCAUCCUUGAAUUAUCAUUGAGUGCCUACUGUGUACCAGACACUCUGCAAAAGGCUGAGGAGGUCCUGGCUUUUAAGGAACUCAUUUCCUAGGGAGGGGGCAUGCAAAUAAGUACAUAAAUAAAACAAUUUCUGCUGA